AUGCCCCACCGCCGCUUGCACGUGACCGUAGUCCUCCUGCUGGUGAUCCUAAAGGAGCAGCCUUCCAGCUCGGCCCCACUCAACGGAUCCAAGUGGACCUAUGUUGGUCCUACUGGGGAAAAGAACUGGUCCAAGAAGUACCCGUCAUGUGGGGGCCUCCUACAGUCCCCGAUAGACCUACAUAGCGACAUCCUCCAGUAUGAUGCCAGCCUCACACCCUUACAGUUCCAAGGUUACAAUGUGUCUGCUGAAAAGCUGUUGAACUUGACCAAUGAUGGCCAUUCAGUGAGACUGAAUCUGAACUCGGACAUGUAUAUCCAGGGCCUCCAGCCUCACCAAUACAGAGCAGAGCAGCUGCACUUGCACUGGGGGAACCGCAAUGAUCCCCAUGGCUCUGAACACACCGUGAGUGGGAAGCACUUUGCUGCCGAGUUGCACAUUGUCCAUUAUAACUCAGACCUGUACCCUGACUUCAGCACCGCCAGUGACAAGUCAGAAGGCCUCGCUGUUCUUGCUGUUCUCAUUGAGAUAGGCUCCAUCAAUCCAUCAUAUGACAAGAUCUUCAGUCAUCUUCAACGUGUUAAGUACAAAGGCCAACAAGCACUCAUCCCAGGCUUCAACAUUGAAGAACUUCUGCCUGAGAGCCCUGGCGAGUACUACCGCUAUGAAGGGUCCCUGACUACACCUCCUUGCUACCCUACUGUGCUCUGGACAGUUUUCCGAAACCCUGUGCAGAUUUCCCAGGAUCAGCUGUUGGCUUUGGAGACAGCUCUGUAUUUCACACACAUGGAUGAUCCUUCCCCCAAAGAAAUGGUCAACAACUUCCGGCAGGUCCAGAAGUUCGAUGAGAGGCUGGUGUAUAUCUCCUUCCGACAAGUAGGACUCCUUACCGACACAGGACUGAGUUUGGGUAUCAUCCUUUCGGUGACCCUGGCUGGUGUUCUUGGCAUCUCUAUUGUUCUGGCAGUGUCUAUUUGGCUCUUCAGAAGGAAGAAGAGCAAAAAAGGUGACAACAAGGGAGUCAUUUAUAAGCCAGCCAUCAAGAAGGAGACUGAGGCCCACGCCUGA